UGAGUUUGCAAGAGAGUUCAUUCAAGAAAAGAAUGAACAAAAAAUAAAAAGAAAACUGGCGCGGCGCGGUGUUUGUUUAAAAUUCCGGUUGCCAAAAAAUUAACAAAACAAAAUUUGGCGAAAAAAGCGAAAACGAAAGAAUUAAAAUUAAUUAUAUUUUCUAAACUAACAAUUUUUGUUUAUUGUGAAAAAUUAUACAAAACAGAAAACAAUGCCUAGUCUUCUAGAAUGUUGUGAAAAGUAUUUCAAUACUCGAAAUCUUUAUGAACUUUUGGAGAUUCCCAAAGAAUCUCUUGAAAAAGACAUAAAAAAAGCCUACUACAAAAUAUCACUCAAAGUCCAUCCCGAUCGAGUUCCAGAAGAUGAAAAAGAAAUUGCCACAGAAAAAUUUAAAGUCUUGGGAAAGGUCCAUCAAGUUCUUACGGAUAAAAACAAAAAGGCACUGUACGAUGAACAAGGUGUUAUUGAAGAUGAUGAUGAGGAGGGAAGUCUGUCGACUUGGUUGGAAUUGUGGAAGAAGAUCUUCAAACCCAUAACAACUGAAGAGAUUGAAAAUUAUGAGAAGGAAUAUGUUGGCUCCGAGUUAGAACGGGCAGAUAUUAAGAAAGCAUAUGUUGGUGGAAAAGGAUGCAUAAAUCACAUCAUCAAUUCGGUUCCUUUUAUAGCGGUGGAAGAUGAGCCCCGAUUGAAGGAAAUUGUUCAAGAAAUGAUCGAUGCCGAAGAAGUUCCCGAAUUCAAAAUUUUCACCAAUGAACCAGCAGCUAAACGUAAACGUCGUCAUCAGAAAUAUGCCCGUGAAAAAGUCGAAUCUGACGAAUUAAAGAAAAAAAUCAAACAAUCUUCCAACUUGACUCUAGAACAACAAAUAAUGAAAAGACAAGAAAGUCGACAAAAUAGUUUCUCAUCAUUAAUGGAUAAAUUAAUUGAGAAAUAUGGCGACGAGGACGAUGAUGAUAUUGUUGAUUUUGAUGAAAUUGUUAAGAAGAACAAAAAGAAGGCCAACAAUAACAAGAAGAAGGUAGUUGAUAAAGCAAAUAAAAAGCCAACAACAAAGCCUAAAGAUCGUUUAGUUCAAAAUGGCAAAAUCAAGAAAAAGAAAAAUUGAUUAAGAGUACACAUACAUAUACGUAUAUACAUAGAUGCUAGGCAUAGCAAUUAAAUCAUUCACUUUUGUUAACUUUUAGUUUAUAAUUUAAAUUUUGCAUUAAAUAUAUCAAAAUAUUAAUCAAAUCCA